AUGGCUCAAUUAAGCUCCCUCUCUGCCGAAAUAGAGACACUGAGCCAAGUCUUGAGCCUCGUCGAGGCAUUUCGUGCAUUCGAUUCUGACAACAAUGGAUUGAUCGAUGCUCAAGAGCUCGGGGGGCUCCUGGGAUCACUUGGCUACAACCCAAGUGAAGAAGAUAUUAAUACAGUGAUGCAAGAAGCAAACACCAAUAGGGAAGGACUCCUAAGCAUUUCUGAAUUUCUUGAAAUGAAUACUAAGGAUUUGGGAAUAGGUGGUCUAAAAGAUAUUCUUAAAAGGGGCAUUGAAGAAUUGGAAUUUCAAGGUGAAGAUUUAGUGACAGGAGAGGACCUCUAUGAAGUUGUUGAGAAUAAUGGAAUUGAUCUUUCACGAGAUGAAUGUCACGAUAUUAUUGCAAGCAUGGAUGGAGAUGGUGAUGGGGUUAUAAGUUUUGAGGACUUCAAACUUAUAGCUUUUGUAUGUGCUCGUGGAGGUGCAAAUCCGGUCCAGUGGCCUACCUGA